ACAGCUUUGGGCGCGCGUGUACAGAUAAAAUAUUUUGAUAAGAUGCCGCAUAUAUAAUGAUAAAUGACUUCAUAAUUAAACAUUUUGUUAGUUAGUAGGCUGAUGUACUGUGUGCCGGUAUUUUCAAAUUAUGAUCUCAUGAUGUUCAAAAUGUUAGUUUUAGUGUUAAGCCUCUUUGGACUGUUUCAAAGUAGUGUUGGACAAAUUGUGCAAAUUGGACAGUGCGACCCGAAUAUACAAUUACAAGAAACAUUCGACUACCAGAGCAACAUAGGAAGUUGGUAUGAACUACGAACUUCUGAAACGGAUAGUGGUGAAUGUUCAAACUACGAAUUUGGUGCGGGUAACAAUGUCACCAGGAGCGCCGUGAACGAAAACUUCGAGCAGACAGAGAAUGGUACACUCUCAAUAGACAAUACCAAUACUGCCAAGCUGACGAUCACUUGGUCAUCUUCCGAACCUCAAGAUUUCUGGGUACUUUCGAGCAGCAAUAUUGGUGCUUUAUCGUUCAUUGUCGGCUACAAAUGUAUUAACAUUACACCAACACAAAGAAGCGUAUCUCUAUGGGUUUUGAGUCAGCAGCAGACCAUAAGUGCUAUUGUUUGGUCCAAUAUUAACAGUACUCUUCUGUCUCGAUUGGGCAUCUCAGUUGAUGAAUUACGUGAGGUUUCACGCAGCGAAAACGCCUGUUAUGUCCUGCCUAUCAUAGAACCAGGGAACCCUGUCAUAUUGCCGGGACAGUGCAACGAUAACAUCACCGCUGUACAAAACUUCGAUGUUGCUAAUUUCAGCGGUCUUUGGCACGAAGUUGCAAGCUACUACUCGGAGAAUUCGGAGAACCGUUGCGCGAGAGCACAGUACACUGUAAACAGCGGCGUCGUGGAGGUUGUGAACAGUCAAGUUGUAAAUCAAGCUCUAGAGAUUAUCACUGGCACAGCAACAGUGGUCAGCACGGACGGCAGUGCAAGACUGAGCGUGUCCCUUCUCGUCAAUAAUCAAACCGUUACACAAGAUUUAGUAGUACUUGCCACUGAUUAUAGCAAUUACGCUGUCUCAUACACAUGUGUAAAUAUCAAUAAUGACACGAAAAGAGUGUUCAGCUGGAUUCUCAGCAGAAGACGUCAGCUGUCAGAACAGGCACAAGCGGCGGUGAACGACGUCAUAGCCUCUGAGAUUACCCUCAACAACCGGUACUUUAGACAGUCAGACCAGUCAGACGAGGGAUGCUUCUUCUUCCCCGUACCUAUUCCAGGCGUUCCCGUUGUAUACCGUGGUUCCUGCAACGCAAGCAUCGCAGUCGUUCAGGACUUUGACCCUACAAGGUAUAUGGGAACAUGGCACGAUAUCGAAUCAUACCCAUCGGUGUUUCAAACUGGCACCUGCAGAAAUGCUAACUAUGAACUGACAGACGUGGUAGAGGUCUUCAAUACUCAGGUUAUAGACCAAUCACUGGACACAAUGACGGGCUUUGCUGUUUUAGAUUCAGACGACGGAUCCGCCAAAUUGAAAGUUACGUUUCCUGUAGCUGGUACGAAUGAAACCGUUACUACUGAUUACUGGGUAAUAAGCACAGACUACGAUUCCUACGCCCUAGUAUACACAUGUUUGGAAUUACCCGCAACGGAGGAGAAAAUAGUUUGGUCUUGGAAGCUGAGUCGCUCGAAGCAGCUUUUAGAUACAGCCGCGGCCAAUAUCACCGCGGCGAUGGCGGAUGUGCCAGUUUUGGACCAAAGGUACUUCGAACAAGUGGACCAGAGUCCCGAGGGCUGCUUCUACUUCCCGAAUCCGCAGCCGGGCAUUCCUGUAGUAUUCCCGGGACAAUGCGAUAACAACGUCAACGUUGUACAGAACUUCAAUUUUUCUCGGUUCGCAGGAUCUUGGAUCGAAAUAGAAUCGUAUCCUAAGGAAGAACAGCAGGGGCAAUGUAUCAGACACGAAUACACCUAUGAUGCUGGCAACAUGUUGAACAUGCAGUCAGUCCAAAUAGUGGACCAAUUCCAACAGAUCACCACUGGCAAUCUGACUCUUGCCAACAACAAUAACAAUUCAGCAAGACUUACUAUUACUCUCGAUUCAGGCAUUCAAAUUCCAUUCUGGAUUCUGGCCACUGAUUACGACAGCUACGCUCUGGCUUACAGUUGCGUAGACCGGGGCGAUGACUUCAGAGCAAUUUACAGUUGGAAGCUCAGCAGGACAACCGAGCUAUCUCCCGCUGCUAAUACGUCCAUUACGAAUGCUAUGGCAAAUGUUCAAGUUCUAUCGCAAGAAUACUUUGAACGUAUAGAUCAGUCACUUAACGCGUGCUUCUAUCUGCCAGAGUUGGCACCCGGUGAACCUAUUAUCCUAGUAGGGCAAUGCGAUCCCAACAUUCCAGUAAAGCCUAACUUUAAUGCUUCUGCGUAUCUGGGUCGUUGGCGUUUGAUAGAAAGCUACCCUUCCGAAUUCCAAAACGGUACUUGCACUGACGCCACUUAUAUUUUGAAUGCUGACGGUGCUAGCAUCCUCGUAAGGAAUACAGAAGUCGUGAAUGAAAUUCUGUCCACCAUGGAAGGCCAAGCUACUAUACUAGACAAUGCAAAGUUGCUCGUAACAUUCCCGAAUGCUCCCCAACCAUUGGAAUAUUGGGUCUUGGACACUGAUUAUUCCUCUUAUGCAUUGGUAUAUUCCUGCGCAAAUAUCGACAACGAGCGCAGAAGAGUUUGGAGUUGGAAAAUGAGUCGCACCAGAAGUUUAACUCAAGAAGCGGGGGCUGCAAUCAAUGCAACGAUUAACACCAUCAACGUGCUUAAUAACGCCUACUACCAACAAAUAAGCCAUUCAGACGUUGACUGCUUCUAUUUCCCGGAGCCUUCGCUAACGCCUCCACCUGUCAGAUUCCGCGGCCGAUGCGAUCCGAAUAUAGCAGUCGUCCCUAACUUCAACGUAACUGCAUACUUGGGAUUAUGGCACACCAUAGAACAAUACCCUUCAUGGUUCCAACAAGGCACUUGCGGCAAUGCAGAAUACUCAGCUAUUCAGGAAGGCGUGAAUGUCUUCAAUACUCAAGUAAUCGAUCAAACACUCGACACGAUUACAGGGUUGGCCGUCACCGCUUCUGACGAUGGAAGCGCUAAACUCGAUGUCACAUUCCCUGUAGCAAACACUACUCAAAAUGUCACAACAAGUUACUGGGUACUAGCCACAGAUUACGACUCAUACUCCCUCGUAUACACUUGCGUAGAAAUAGAUGAUGAAUACAAAAAUGUAUUCAGUUGGAAACUCAGUCGGACUAAGCAGCUCUCAGAGCCAGCUAGAAAUGAAAUCAACUCCAUAACGAGCCGUAUUCAAAUUUUGGAUAAUCGCUAUUACAAUGAAAUGGAUCAGUCUCCUGAAGGUUGCUUCUUCUACCCGGAGCCACAGCCUGGCAUGCCAGUCGUCUUUCCAGGCAGAUGUUCUAACGACAGCAACGUAGUUCAGAACUUUAAUAUGAGUCAGUUCUCUGGCCCCUGGUUCGAGAUUCAAGCGUAUCCGAUAGUCGAAGUUGAGCGCCAAUGUGUAAAUCAUGAUUACAUCAUGAACACUACGACGAGUAUGAACGUACAGUAUUCACAGGUUUUCCAACAAUCUCUCAUUGAAUCUACAGGGACACUGAACUUUGCAUCCAAUGAUAGCAGUGCCAGGAUGACCAUUACUAUCAAUGUAAAUGGCAUAGAUACCUAUAUGCCCUUCUGGAUAAUAAGCACGGACUAUGACGACUAUGCACUAGCUUAUAGCUGCACGGACAAUGAAGAUGAUACUAGAACAGUGUACAGUUGGAAACUUAGUCGGUCACAAGAGCUAUCACAAUCUGCUGACACACAGAUCAAUGAAGCUAUGUCUAAUGUGGACGUUCUGCGUCAAGAAUACUAUGAAGACAUCGACCAAUCUCCUGCGGCGUGUUUCUACUUACCUGAUAUACCACUCGGUGUACCUGUCACAUUCCGUGGAAGUUGUGAUCCUAACAUCACUGUCGUACAAAACUUCUCUGCGGCCGAUUACUUGGGACCAUGGAACUUGAUAGAGACUUACCAUUCAGACUUCCAAUUUGGAUCAUGUCAGCGCGCAACUUAUUCUCUAAAUGCCAACAACACAGUUGAUGUUACUAAUACUCAAGUUGUAAAUGAAACUUUACUCACUAUGAUCGGAGAGGCGUCUGUAAUAGAGGACGGAAAACUUCUCGUCACUUUUCCUGGUGCUCCUGAACCAAUAGAAUAUUGGGUUCUGGAUACCGAUUAUACAUCGUAUUCUUUGGUAUACUCUUGCCGCAAUAUUGCAGCUGAUCGGAGACAAGUGUGGAGCUGGAAAUUGAGUCGUGGAACAGAAUUGUCAGUUCAAGCAACGAACAAUAUCAAUGCGGUAAUUGAAACCGUCAACGUGCUCGCUAACCGCUACUACCAAAGAAUAGGUCACGAGGCCGAAGACUGUUUCUAUUUCCCAGAGCCGGACCCAAUGACUCCGGUCAGGUUCCGAGGAACAUGUGACCCAAACAUUCAAGUCGUGUCUAAUUUCAAUGCCUCAGGGUACUUGGGCUUAUGGCAUAACAUCGAACAUUAUCCAUCUGUGUUCCAAACCGGCACUUGCAGUAACGCUUUGUAUUCCUCAAUUGCCGAAGGCGUGGAAGUGUUUAAUACACAAGUGAUGAACCAAACCUUGGACACGAUGACGGGGCUAGCUGUCGUUGCCUCAGAGGACGGAAGUGGAAAGCUCGAUGUCACUUUCCCUGUUGUAGGAACCAACCUUACUACCACGAUGAGCUACUGGAUAUUAGCCACGGACUAUACGUCCUACUCUUUGGUUUAUACCUGCGCACAAUUAGGUCCAGACGAGCGAGUGGUGUACAGUUGGAAGCUUAGCAGAACUAAGGAGUUAUCAGAGGAAGCACAUCAAGUCAUCAACAAUGUAACGAGUAGUAUUCAGGUGCUGCAAGACCGUUAUUACUUGACUGUAGACCAGUCUCCUGAAGGUUGCUUCUACUUCCCUGAUCCACAGCCUGGCAUACCGGUCGUCUUCCCAGGAAGAUGUGAUAAUGACAUCAACGUAGUUCAGAACUUUAGUCUCAGUUCGUUUGAAGGUAUAUGGCACGAAAUUGAAGCGUAUCCGAAAGAACAACAGCAAGGUCAAUGCAUCAAUCAUGAGUUCAGCUCGGGGACAGCAAACGCCUUAAAUCUACAAUCAACACAAGUCUCUGAUUUAAAUUUAGGCGUCAACACUGGUGUAGUAAGUUUCAGUUCUACGGACGGCAGUGCAAGAAUGAUCCUUAAUAUGACAGUUGAUGGAGAGGUUAUCGUCAUUCCUUACUGGAUCUUAAGCACUGAUUAUUCUAGCUACGCUCUUGCUUAUAGUUGUUUGGAUCUGGAGAACGACCACAGGGCUGUUUACAGUUGGAAGCUUAGCCGUAACCGGACGUUGUCCGAUGCCGCCAGAGACAUUAUAAGCGACGCUAUGAACCCAGUUGACGUUCUGAGUGAUGAAUACUUUGAACGGAUUGACCAGUCUGACGACGCUUGCUUCUAUUUGCCGAAUUUGGCUCCUGGUGAUCCGGUAAUAUUCAGAGGUCAAUGCAACGAUAGCAUUACUGGCGUUCCCAAUUUUAACGUGAAUGCGUACCUCGGACUCUGGAGAUCUGUACAGACGUACCAAUCAGAAUUCCAAGGCGGCACUUGUAUCCAAGCCACUUACAUCCCGUCAGAGGAAGGGGUGAUAGUGUACAACACUCAGGUCAUCAACCAGACCUUGGACACCAUUAACGGCACCGCUGUUGUGGGCUCCACCGAUGGAAGUGGCCUGCUGCUUGUCAGUUUUCCAACCACUCCUGUACCAGCACGUUAUUAUGUACUCGCGACGGAUUACAUCUCCUACGCGUUGGUCUACAGUUGCAGAAAUUUAGAUUCUGAACGACGACAAGUGUGGUCGUGGAAAUUGAGCCGCGACAGAGAGCUGUCAGCCACCGCUAAUGUCGCGAUCAACGCAGUAAUGGACACGAUCAAUGUUCUCGACAAUCGAUACUUCGAACACGUCCCGCAGACCCAAGACGCGUGCUUCUACUACCCAGAACCCAAUAAUCAGUCUAUUUCCUUCAGAGGACAGUGCAGCGAAAACGUUACCGUUGUCCAGAAUUUCAAUGCGACUCGGUACCAAGGUAUCUGGUAUGACAUCGAGAGUUUCCCACAAAACUUCCAAUUCGGCACGUGCCCAAUCGCCGAGUACACGCUGAACGGCGAUGUGGUCGACGUAUACAACACGCAAGUCGUGGCCCAACAGUUGGACGAGAUCCGCGCCACCGCCGUGUUGGCCAGCGACGAUGGCUCCGCCAAACUUGACGUCACCUUCCCCGUAGCUGGCACCAAUCAGACCGUUACGAUGCCGUACUGGGUUCUAGCUACGGAUUACGACAACUACGCAUUGGUGUAUUCCUGUGAAAACAUUGAAGCUGACAGAUAUAGAGUAACCAGCUGGAAACUCAGUAGAGAAAAGGCAAUCUCGGAACAAUCAAGCGUUGCUUUUGCAAACGCACAGAGCAAUGUAAAGGAGCUUCUCGAUAAAUAUUACAUAGAACGAGGCCACAGCGACGACGAUUGCCUCUUCUAUCCCGACAACAACGGAGGCCCCGUCAUCCUGGACGGACAAUGUGAAAACCCUAAUGAUGUUGUAGUCGUCACCGGGUUCGAUUCUAACAGAUUCAACGGCACUUGGUAUGAAAUCGAGAGGUUCCCGUCCAACAUACAGAACGGAGAGUGUGUCGAGAACGAGUUCACGAGCAACCAGAAUGGAUUCGCUGUUUCCAAAAGAAUCAUUUACAACGAAAGGCUUAGCACCUUCACCGGAAUUGCGGCUCUAAAUCAAGGCGACAGGGGAGUCUUUUCAGUGAACCUCAGCAACGGAGAUACUACCAUCAUUGGCAAUGUCUUCGUCCUUGAUACUGACUAUGAAGAUUAUGCUCUUCUAUAUAGCUGCAGAAAUGUCGACAGUGAAAGGAAGCAAGUGUACAGUUGGAAACUGAGCCGUAGCCAAUCAGGACUCUCUCAGAACGCGAACACGAAUAUUGACGUGAUUGUCAACGAACGCCGUGACCUGUUCUUCAAAUAUUACGAGCGCACCGGGCAGGAUAGCGACGCCUGUUUCUAUUACCCAGUGUUUGACGGCCAGCAGAGUAGUAUCAUACUGCCCGGCAGCUGCGAAACCCUCAGUGGCGUUCCGAACUUCAACGCAGCAAUGUAUCUCGGACGUUGGUUCGAGAUUUCCAGCUACCCCGAUCCUAACCAAUUCGGCGAAUGUAGUCGCGCGCAUUACUCCCCCGGGAACGGCGUGGUUGACGUCACCAACACUCAGGUGGUGAACAGGACUCUACUAUCUCAGGUCGGAUUUGCAGCCGUCGCUUCUACUGACGGCAGUGGAAUACUCUUCGUCACCUUUGUCGUUGGCGGAGUUUCACGCACUGCCACUUACCAUAUACUCGACACUGACUACACCAGCUACUCACUGGUUUAUAGCUGCCGAGACUUGAAUGACGGAAGACGUGAAGUGUUCAGUUGGAAGCUCAGCCGGACCAAAUCUCUCACUCCGGACGCCAAUACUGCCAUCAACAACGUAAUCAACGUCACCCGGGGUCUGCUAGAAGAUUACUACGAGCCGACCAGCCAAAGCGACGAGGAUUGCUUCUAUGUGCCCGAGUUUGUGCCCGACCAGGCGAUGCAGUUCAGGGGGCGUUGCGAACGGUUCACGGGAACCUUCCAGAACUUUGAGCCUCAGAGAUAUUUGAACAAACGUUGGCACGAAAUCAAGAGGUACCCUUCAGACGUAAACGGCGGCAACUGCGUCAGUACUCGCUACCAAUCUACUGGCAACACCAUCACGUUUGAAGGCACCAGAGUUUUCGGCAUCAACGAUGGCAGAGUAACCACUGGAACUGCUACUAUGAAUGCCAAUGGACGUAUAGACAGGACCUACGCUGAUGGAACCACAGAAACUGUGUGGGUUCUGGCAACGGAUUACGACUCUUACUCACUUCUACUCGCGUGCGAAGAUAUUGACGACGAAUAUAUGAGAGUUUGGAGCGCUAAGCACAGCAGUACCAGAUCUCUCAGCGCUGGAGCGGAGACUGCGUUAGCGCCCGUAAUAGCCAACAACGAUCUCCUGUACGACAAUAUGUUCGUUGCUGUGAGUCAGACUGACGCCGCGUGCUUCUACUACCCGCAGCAAGACGGCCAAUCGGUCGUUAUACCUGGACAGUGUGAUGACAACAUACCGACGCAACAAGACUUCGAUUUGACAAGCUACUUGGGCACCUGGUACCAGAUUGAACGGUAUCCGUACCCCGAAAUAAGUGCAGAAAGCACCUGCAUAGGGACCAGAUACACGUCUCGCGGCGAUGACACAGCGCACGUGCUUAACUGGGAGACAAACAACGGAACUUUUAAUACGAUAGAAGGAGAAGCAACACUUCGCAACGGAUCCGCAGUACUCACUGUUGUGCUGCGACCUGACCCUGAGAACCCCGAAGCCGUGACCACAACCGAUCUCCACGUGUUGACCACAGACUACGCCAGUUACUCUUUGGUGUACACUUGCGAGAACGUCGAUCAAUACCAUAGAGUUGUGGUCGCGGUCAAACUCAGCCGCACUCGAAACCUGCCAGACUCAGCUCAGUCAGCCAUCAACAAUUUCAUGGCUACUAGAGAGGAACUUCACCAGCCGUACUUCAUUAGAGUCGAACAAAACGACGAGUGCGAAGACCCCAGCUCGUCGUACCUCAUUAAAAGCAGUAUUAUCGUAACUCUCCUAUGUCUCAUUAUACAAGCGUUGGUGUGACUGUAACUGUAUUUGUUAUAUUGUGAUGUAAGUAUACAGAUGUACAUAUAUAAGUGUAUGUAAAGAUAUAGAUAGAUGAUUAGAAAUUAAAGAUUAUUUUUUAUAUUUAUUUAUUGUAA